AUGGAGCCAAGAGACAAAGAGCUAUCUCGUCCCCAUGAACUGAUGGCGAAAAGUAGUCCUAUGCGACACGCAACUCUGGAAAAAGUUGCAAAAGAAACUGGUGAUAAACUCCACACAUUGAAGUCAUGUUCAAAUACAAGAUGGGCUUGUCGAGCAGAAGCUGUGAAAGCAAUUAUGAAUAAUUAUGAAGUUUUGAUUAUUGCAAUAGAAAACAUUUGUGAAAAUUGUUCAGUGCCAGAGAUGAGAGCUAAAGGAAUUGGUUUAUUAUAUCAAUUAAAAACCUUUGAUUUCAUUUUUGGUAUGCAUAUGAUGAAUCCAAUUUUAAUGUUAAUUUUAAAAGUUAGUACCUUACUCCAAGAACCAAAUCUUAAUCUUGUUUUGGCAAUGAAAAAUGUUAAUAGUUUGAGAAGUACAUUAGAUAGUAUGAGAAAUGAUGACAGUGAAUACAAACAAAUGUUUGAUAGAUCUGUUAUAUUAUGCAAAAAACAUGAUAUUGUUAUUCCAGAUAGUAAUUCUCGCAAAGUUUCAACUCGUUUAGAUUCUAAUUCAUCAAAUCAAGCUUUUUUUAAUACAAAAUUUGAUGAAUUGAAAAUUACAGUAUUCUAUCCAUUACUUGACAAACUACUCAGUGGAAUUGAUUCAAGAUUUAAGCAGGAUACAUUUGACUUGGUUGAUGCUAUGGCAUUUUCAGAGGAAGAUUUAAUUACUGAACUGAAACUUUUAAAAAAUUAUGAAAAUGCUAUGCAACUAAAUGGUGCUUCUAGUAAAUCUAUUUAUGAAUGGAUUGAUUGGUUGAAAACAACUGGAAAUUCUACAGUAUAUACUUGUGUUUUUAAAACUUUGAAAAUGUUUACAAUCAUACCUGUAACUAGCUGUACUUGUGAACGUGUUUUUUCAAAAUUAACUAUUGUAAAAAACAAAUUACGCAGUACAAUGAGUCAAGAACGUUUGGAGUCAUUAUUACUGCUUUUCACUGAACAAGAAAUGGUAUCAAAGGUAGAUUUAAAUGCAGUAAUAGAUGAAUUCAACAGUAAGGGGAACAGACGAAUGUCUCUCUAA